GGCCCGGCCCCGGCCGGUAACUCCGCCUGCCGUAUUUAUGGGAAAACAAGCGGCGGCAGAGCCGGGCGGUCGUUGAGGAGCGCGGGGCUGGGUCGCGCCGGGCGGACCGAGCCGAGCCGAGCCGAGCCGAGCCGAGCCAUGGCCAGCGGGGCGGCGGCGGGCCGAGCCUAGCGCAGGCAGGAGCGGCGGCGGCGGGGAUGCGGCGGGGGGGCCGCGGCGGGCGCGGAGCAGCGCUGGAAUGGAGCCACCGCAGGGCCCUCUGCCAGCUCUGCCUGCCCAGCCUGUCCCUGCUGCCGCCGGACCAGGGCCGGCUGCCUUCCUCUGAGGCACUCUGAAGGGGAGCUGGCGAGCGGAGAGUCGCUUUUAAGAUGACACGAACCGACCCGCCUGACAUACUGGUGUCUACGGUGUACCAAGACAUAAAGGUGGCCUCCGCAGCCCCCAGGGAUUCGAUCGUCUGCCAGCCCCUGGCACGAUGUGACGCCUUCAUGUCCUCGUCCCUGCCCCGCGAUCCGCAGCCCUUCAACAAGCGCCACUGCAGGAGCUUCGACUUCCUCGAGUCGCUCGACGACCAGCUGGGCGCCCCCGCGGCCAUGGAGCGCCCCGGCCUGCGCCCGGGCACCCCCGAGCCGGGGCGCCGAGCGCCGCCGAAGCCCGACGGCUACGUCGGCAGGGCUCCGCCGGCGGCCAAGGAAGGGCCCAGGGAGCCGGCGGCCCGGGGCGAGGCGAAGCGGCGAGCCCGAUCCAAGAGCGCGCCCCGGGUGAAGACCACCUUCACGCCGGUGCCCAUCACCGUGGCGGCGUCGGCAUCGCCGCCGGCGGCCCGGCGCGGGCGCGAGGCGCUGCGGGCGGCGCGAGAGGCGGCGCGGGGCGAGGCCUCUCCGCGCCGCGAGGCCGGCUACGCGCCGCCCCGGCGGCCGCUGGCGAACGAGGUGCACCCCAUCAAGCUGCAGCCGCAGCGGAGCAGCGCCAGCCGCAUCUCGCCGCUCUGCGUCAGCAGCAACUGCUUCGAGGAGGCGCCGGGCGCGGCCAAGGUGGCCGCCAGCCCCCACGUCAAGUGCCGCGUGGACAUCAAGCCGGACGAGGCGGUGCUGGUGCACGCGGCGCGCAGCCUCAAGGCCGCGCAGAGCAGGCAGGAGCCGCCGGGCUGGCCCCGCGCGCCCGGCGUGGCCCGCAGCCUGGCAGUGCCGGGCGGCAGGCAGGUGUCCGUGUCGCGCACGCCCACCCCCAGCGACUCGUACAGCGGCGAGCACCCGCUGCUGCCCUACCCCGGCGAGUACUACGAGGCGGACCCCCGGGGGCUGGCGUACCAGACGGUGCCGGUGCCCUCCUCGCGCGACUACCGGGAGUACCCCGAGAGGGGCUGCAUGACCUUCGCCGCCCCCGGCGUCCCCACCAAGUUCUUCUACGCCGAGGAGCCCGUGCGGUGCCCCAGCCCGGCCGUGCCCCUCAAGAGCUCCGGCUAUGCGAGCUACCCCUACCCCCGGCGCCACGGCCCCCCGCAGCACUUUUACCCAGAGGAGCCAACCAAAGUGAACGUCCACACCGUCCCGCCCCGGACGCUGUACGUGGAGGAGGCGCGGAGCUACCCCGUCCAGGAGCCUCCCGCCCACGCCUUCUACGGCGACGAGCCUCGCUUCUACGCCCCCCGCGGCACCCCCGUGAAAACGCUGUACGCCGAGGACGCCAGGACCUACCCUGCCCUCGGCUCGUCCGCCAGGGUCUUCUAUGCCGAGGACUACGGGAAGUACCGCGAGCGGGAGGCCGUUUCGCGGACGUGCCCCCUUCCCCGCAGCACCCAGCCCUUGCACUUCAGUGACUGGUACUGCCCCGAGCGGAGCGCGCUGCCCUAUCAGACCUUGCAGGUGUCGCGGUUCGCCCCGCAGCCGCCCGGGCGUGAGGCCAUGCUCUCCUCCUGGCACGCCAGCUACAGCACAAACCCCCCGCGGCUGGGCAGGGAGAGCCAGCACUACUCCAAAUCCUGGGACAACAUCCUGACGCCCGUUGUGCGCCGGGAGGACCCCCUGCUCCGCGGGCGCAGCUACGAGAACCUGCUGGCCCAGGAGCAGCAACGUGCCUUAUCCCCCGACGACCGUCGGCAACCGGUGGUGAUCAACCUGUCCAGCUCGCCCAAGCGCUACGCUGCCCUGUCCCUCUCGGAGAACUCCAUCAUCGAGAGGGUGCACGCAGACGGCGGCCGCUACCCCAUGGGCCGCUCCUGGUACGUCACGCCGGAGAUCACCAUCACCGACAACGACAUCCGCGCCAACGGCCUCGGCAAGAGCGAGAGACGCUCGGCCAGCUGGGAUGUGCUGGACUCAGGGCGGGAAGGCAACUGCCCUUACGCCGUGCCCUACCACCCAGACCCUGUCACCAAAGAAAGUGCCCAAAGCAAUUCGGCCCGCCAGCGCAGCCUGGAGCAGCUGGACGAGCUCAUCACCGACCUGGUCAUCGACUACAAGCCAGUGCCCAGCCACCGCGCCGGUGACAGAGAUAGCCUCGCCGACCAGCUCAAAAAGCUCAUCAACAGCAAUGCCCCGGGGCAACCCAGGAAAGCGGAGGCCAGGAAGGCCCCCGCCUGCAUGCCCGAGGGAAACCGGCCCAUGAAGGAGCAGCCGGGCCCCAGCUCCUUCUGCAGUGACCCUCGCCGCGAGCGGGGCAGCCAUGGGCUGCGCACGUCCGUCUCCAGCAGCAGCUUUGAGAAGCACCUGGACAACUGCUCUCCGGACCUGAGCGCCGAGGAGGACGACAUGAUGAUGUGCUCGAAUGCCAAGUGCCGGCGGACGGAGACCAUGUUCAACGCCUGCCUCUACUUCAAGUCCUGCCACAGCUGCUACACUUACUACUGCUCCCGAAAUUGCCGCCGUGAGGACUGGGACACACACAAGGAGAGCUGUGUCUAUGGGCGCGUUGGCAGCAUCUGCCGCCACGUGCUACAGUUCUGCCGGGAGAACGCCGAGGUGCACAAGGCCUUCUCGCGCAUCGCCAAGGUGGGCUACCUCUCCCGGGGACGUGGUGUGCUCUUCUUGGGCUUCCCCAACUCGGGCUCAGCAGAGAACUUCCUCCAGUUCGGCUUGGAGAGCUUGCUGAUGUCCCCCACGUACCUGUCUCUGCGGGAGCUGGAGAGCUACUCGGAUAACCUAGGGGAAUAUGCCCGGGAGCUGCGGGAGACCGGCAACCAGUAUGACCCCGAUGAAUGUUUCCUCUUGAAUGUAACUGUGGCUGUUGCCCAAAAAGUGCCGGAGAGGCCAUCUCCGAAGAUCCAGGUGCCGACGGUCAGGAAAUAUGCCAAGGUGGCCUUAGCCUCAUCCAGCCCCGAGAAGAAGAUCUUGAAGAAGGAGCGGGACAUGGAGACCUUGAUCCUGACCCCACCGCCCGGCACGGCGGACAUCGACAAGGAGGGUGAGGAAGGGCGCAAGGCACGGGAGGUCUGCUUCAUCAACAUCCAGCGGGAGCUGCGCAUCCGGGGCGUCUUCCUGCGCCACGAGUUCCCCAAGAUCUAUGAGCAGCUCUGCGACUUUGUGGAGAGCAACAAGCGCUUCACCCCCACCACCAUCUACCCCAUUGACAAGAGGACAGGGAAGCAGUUCAUGUGCAUGAUCAUGGCUGCCUCGGAGCCCCGCACCCUCGACUGGGUGGCCAGCCCCAACCUCCUGGACGACAUCAUGUGAAUGGGGCCCCGGGGCCACCUCCUGAUGGCCCCCUACUUAUUUCCCUUUGUAGAUACGUGUUUUCUCAUGGGCACACUGAUGCAGUGGGGCUGGAUAGCCCUCUUGCUCCCUGUGAUGUGUCUUGGUGCCAGUGCUGGGGGAGUGCGAGGGAAGGAUGCUGCCAUGGAGGGAUCCAUGGAGUCUGGGCAUUGUGGGUCGCCAGCGUUUGCUGUGGUGGGCUGGAUCCAGAGCUUCUGGGAUCCUGGGGCCCUGGCUGGGCUGGAGGAGGUGCGUGGGGUGGUGGGACCACAGGCUGAGGUCUGUCAUGGAGCACAGGACAUUGGUGGCCACCAGCCAGUGUCUGGGCGAGUCUCCCCAGAGCCCACUCUGGGUGAGCCAGCACUCGGCCAGGGUGCGGGGCACCCCAGGGCCCUGCCCCAGCCUCAUCCCUGCCCCUAACCACUAGACAACAUGGCUACCUCUAUGCAAGCGUGGCCAGAGCAAGCGUUUGACACCUCUGUGGCUGCCCACACAUUACUGCCUGCCCCCGGGGACCCAGCGCAGCCCUCCUGGGAUGUAGCCCACAGGAGGUCCCAGGGGCAUCUUCGGCGGCACCUGGCCCAGGUGGGCACCCGUGGAGCGUUAUAGUGCUGCUGAGGCUGUACGAAGCCUGUGGGCGUUGCCUGUAUGGUCUCUGGGAACCUGGCAGGGGCCCUGUGUAGUUUCUGGGUGGCACAGGCGCUCUGUUCCUAGAGCAUCUUGGUGUCCUCAGCAUGUUGCUAUAUGAUCUGUUGGCACAGCAGGGACGCUAUAAGAUACCCUACGGGUGCCAGCUGGGAUCUAUAAGGUCUUCGGGUACAGGGUACUUUGUAUGGUCCCUGGAUGCUCGGCAGGGGCUCGGCGGGGCCCUGGGACGCAGGCCCACGCGUUGACCCAGGCGCAGGGUACAACACCAGUGCUGUGGCCCCCGCUGUGGGCAGCACAGGGUGCCGAGCCAGGCCGGUCCCAGGGGCGCGGGAGGAGGGCAGCGAGCGGACGCGGGGCUGUUGGGGAGCCUGCCGCGCUGCAGCACACGUGGCGCUGGGGCUGCGGGGGGCACUGCGGGCCGCGUGGCGGGGGGCAGAGGGGGGUGCUGCGCACCAAGCAGCGGUUGUGGCAGGGCCGUGUUUCGGGGAUGCCUGAGCAGAUACUGGGGAAAAGAGGUGGCAGCGGCCCUCGCUGCAGGAGGGGACAGGUCAAGGGACAAAAGCUGGUGCCACAGCACAGUUUCAGUGAAGCAAUGAGCCCUUGGAGGUGGUACAGGACAGGGAACCUCCAGCCUGGCACGGAGGCACAUGCCAGCCCUGUGCAGCAGGCCACAGCCCGGAAAGGAUGCCCAUCCCCACUGCGAUGCCCACAUCUGCCCCUCUGCAGAGCAGGCUGGUGUCUGCCAGCCCCCCACCUCUGCCAAGGGCUGUCUGGCGCUCGCAGUCACUCUGAGGGAUGUCCACCGUCCUGGCAGGGCUUGGUGCCCCACGACAGGGAGGGGGACGUGGCUCCCAGCCUGCCAGCUCUGCCCAGUGGUGUUGGCACACCUGCAUGCGCUCCCAUCCCUGGGCACACUGUACGGUCCGGGGCAGCAGCGGGGUGGUCUGGGAUGAUCCCAAACCCCUGCCCUCUCUGCAGCGGGGUCCUCGACGUUCAUCUAGGGCCACUCUGUGGCAAUGCCCAGCUCUGAGCCAGCCCCGGGCUCUGUCCCCCCCCCGCCAGUGCUCCCACUCUCAGCUCCCUUGGGAGCGCUGCAGUUGGGCAUUGCCCCCUUUCCCAGCUGCUCUAAGGUUUUCAUGAGUGAUGCAUUUUUUGCAAGGGCAGCCCCAGCAUCCUGGUGAAAUGCUGCCAGCUGCGGCGGUCCCCUUGGCUUGGGGGGGCUCUGACAUCUGCCCCACAGCUUGGAGUUGGGCCCUGGCCAGGCCAGGAUGCCGUGCUCCCAAGCUGUCACCAGCAGGGGCUGGGGGCUGCCCUGGAGCAUGGAGAAGAUCCCCUUCAUCGUGUUCCCCAUGUGCCGCUGUGCCCCUCCGAGCAGCUUUUCUGCAGGGUCCCCGAGGGGAAAGCCCCCCCAAACUCCAGCAUGGCCUCGGACCCCAGCAGCCUGCAAGGACAAGUCACGAGCUGGAGCAGGGCUGCCCCUUCCUCCCUUGCAGAGCUUUCCUCCUCCCAUGCACGGGGCCCUUGCCCUGGAACCAGAGGGCAGCAGGAGCAGCUGCUGGGAGAUUUGGGCCGGGAGAAGCCAUGGGCACCAACCCCACCCACCCACCCACUGCGGCCCAGCCCUGCUUUUGGAUGCCCUGCCCGUUUCUCAGCCCCAAUGUCCUUGCCUCCCCCUGCCCGCAGCUUGCCGCUGGAUUGGGACGGAGGGCAGGGACAUGUCAGUGGAGACGAAGGGCAUCAAGGGCUUCAUCUCAUCCCUUCUCAGCGUGGCCCUGGGGAGCAGGCUGCGCGAUUACCCCCACCUUCAUCCCGCCAAUCCCUGCCACGAUCCCAAUUCUGCCGCCAGACGGGGACCAAGUGCCCCCAUCACCUUCCCGCAAGGUUGUAACAGGUCCAGGCUGGCAGCCUUGAGCCCUCCCAGCCCUGGCACGGCCCCGGUGGAGCAGGGGCUCUGCAAAGCCGCAGAGGAUGGCAGUGCCUGCGAGGGGCAGGGGCCACCCGGGCCCUGCCUCCCUUUGCCUUGGGGAAGGGACAUGCCAACACUCACAGGGCAGGGUGGGAGACGUGAUGGGGAAGGGGGGGAGUCUCAUCCCUUUGGAAAAAGCCUGUAAGAACUCCGUGCCUCAGCUUCCCCGCCCGAGCGCUUGGGAAGGCCAUCAGCAGCCUAUCUCCGCAGGCCAAGAGCAGAGACGUUCCCGCUUGCUUAGUCCUAGCAAUAAGCAAUAUCCUUCCCACCGCCGCCCUGCGGCAGCGCCGGCAGAGCGGGCAGAGCCACGGGGGCGAGUCGGGGCAGGGCCGCAGAGCACCUUUCCCUCGCUGCCAAGAAGCUGCAACGUGCUCUGUGAGUGAAACCGUGCAGCUGGGGGGCCAGCGCACGGAGCCGUACGGGCCCUCGGAGGCGGCACGGCAGGUCGGGUCCCGGGGACCACAGGGGGCUGGCGGAGGCGGCACGGCGGGAGGCGAGAAGGUGCCGCUGCCCAGGCCGCGAGCCCAGGCUGCAACCGCGUCCCCGAGGCCGGUGUGGGCAGCCCGGCGCGGGGGUCCUGCUCAGGAGACGGCUCCCACAUUCGGCAUCCCACGUCCCGGCCGAGCGGCUCCUCUGACUUCAAGGCGUCCAAGCAGCGACGGAGCCUGUUAACCGUCGCCCGGUUGCUCCGUUUCUUCUUCCAGCUGAACGCAGCGAGGAACAAAUUAAAAGACUGGAACUGCGUCUCCACAGCUAGGCUCCCGGGAGGGAUUUGGGGGGACGAGGACGGAGGUCUUUGAUACGUGCAUGUUCUAUUUAUUUCCCUUUUUUCUAAUGAGGCGUCGCCCUGACGAGUCGGGCACCACGUCUCCUCUUGUGCAGAGCAGAACUAGGUCCGUAUUUUAUCACGUUUCAUGGUACAGUUCCUGCUGGUGUCCCGCGGCACGGUUUAACGCCAUGUACUUAUAACGAGAGCUCUAUUUCUUUGGAAUAACUAUAAAGUAUAACUUGAAUGUA